GAGCAGUCCAGUCAGCAACGCGCAUCGUAAAGCUGCAAGUCUCUCGUUUUAUUUUGCACGAUUGAAUCAAAGUGACUUGGCACAUAUUAUUACUGUAAAUAUUGUAUUUAAAGAUGACGCCUCCGCUCCGGUGGGUGUUCCUGUUUGUAUUGGUGGGUUGCGCCACGAGCAUCCCUUUGCCUUUCGUCAACGACGCAUGCGUUUUGCUUUGCCACCCCAGGGCUAGAUCGUCUCCCGAGGGAGUCUGCGAGCUCCGGGGAGCCCAGUCCGGCUCCGUCCUGGACCUGGCGCGGAUUAUCGUCAGCCGCUGUCUGAAGCUAUGCGAUCAUCAGCAGCCGUCCUCCGCCCGGGUUAGCUGUUUCGCUCUGAGAUCGUUCCUCGGUACCCGCCGAGGAUGUCAUUGCCCGUCGACGCACGUUAUGCGCACCAACGCGAGGAUCCCUUCGUUGGUGGACGAACUGGCAGAAGACGUCGUCUCCCUUUCCUUCGGAGAAAUCGUGAUAUCCGCGCUCCACGCGGCACUGCUCCGCGAAGACGUUGAUGCUGAAGGGCACGACCUAAUUGUCGACGAUUACGAAUCUGGAAGUCGUCUGGCACACGAUGCAGAAAACGAGAAGUCAAAGCAACACGACGUCGAGCAGCCUCCGACGGGUAACAACGGUCACGGCACGAUACUCCUGCAGGGUGAGCAAACGGACAGCAACGCGGGGUCAGACUCCUUCGUGGGGGAUGAUGACGUCGACUGGGAGAAAUGGUGCAUGCAUCAGUGCAACAUCGGCCUUGGCGGUAACGCAUGCAAUUGUGACAUCAUACCGUGACUCUCACCUCACACCGUGAGGGAACACGUCGAGGAAGAGGUAACGGGGAGGAGUUCGCAUGGGAGGGCUUGAAUUUACAUAUCUUGUAGGUUAAUCGGUCCGAUGGUCCGUUUAGGUUAAGCGACUUCAAACGUAAUUAGAGAGAAUUAUAAACGAGGGACGCUAUAAACUGGAGCAUGUAUGAUAUUUUUCGAUUUUGAUUAUUUCAACUGUCACAAUUUCUCUCUCUCAGCAGUUCAUUAUCUUAAUACGUAGUAUUAGUAUUUCCUCUGAGCGAGACAGUUCAAUAAAUUAUUAUUCGGCAGUCUUAACACACUUCGCGCUAUGUGUAUCUUGAUCUUUGACAACAAACGUCGAAUUACGACCUAGAUUGUUUUCUUCGUUAUAAAAAAAAGGGGAUUUGUACUUUUCUAAUUUUUAUAUAUGUCUUUGUAUUAUCACUUGCGUACAAUUAAUUUUAGAUAAAUCUCUUGAAUAUAUUUACUUUAUAGUAUGAAAAUAUAAAAUAUGAAAAGUUCUAUAGAAUCUUUUGCUAACGUCCGACAUGUUAAAAUACAUCAAACAAAAUCGCGGAACGUUAAGUUAAUGUUUGUAAUAGAAUUCAUAAGAUAUUUUCCUUAAUAUGUGUAACAUUGAUGUAACUGCUUUAGGCUUAAGAAUUCUACACAAGGUCCGGUUCACACGACUCGUGUUAUACUUUGCCUCGUUUAAGGAAACUUUUAUCUUGCAGUAAAUUCCUAUCGUUAUUCUUAUCUUAUCAACUUUGACAGAGCUUGAGCAUCUCAGAUAACAUGUAUUUUGAGGUGAGAAAUGCGAGCAUGCAACGAAAUCGUAAUCUGCACAUAAUAAAAUACAUUUUACUUGUAUCUUUUAACAAUAAUAAUCGCAUUGCAUUGAAUGUAAUUAACGCAGCAAAAAAUACAUACCAAAAAGAAACGAUUUUAACAAAAGUUUCUUUGUAGACUUCGUAUUUUACAUAUAUAUCUUUGUCUCUUUCAGAAAUACGUGUGUUUCAUUAAAUAAUUACAUAACAAACUAUGGCGUAAUAAAGAGUUAUUCCGUACAAAUUUAUUGAUUAUGCACAAUUGCAUUUUCUUAUUAAAGCAAAUUGAUUAUUUUGUCUAUACGUUGGUUGAAUAAGACUCUGAUCGAAGGAAUUGCGACGUGUGAACAGGACAUCGAUGUGUGAUAUGUGUAUUAUGCAAUAAAUUCUAUUUGUAUGCACGCAUGAUAUGUAAUGUGCAUUCAUGCGUUGAAUGUAAUUUACCUAGCGACCGAUAGCUUUUACACGACAAUAGAGUUAAAUAAAUAAGCGACAAGACAAAAUCCAAGUCUUCCAUUUUGUAGCCGAUUUGUUACUUUGGCGGUAGUGACCGCUUUACGCGACAUUACAUAAACGAUAAAUAGAGUGAUCAAACACAGAUAGUUACUUGUUGUUUAAUACGAUAAGUCCUGGCACGAAGGUCGGCCAACACGUCAUCGAUCGUCAUUGAUUGCUUCCGAUCGAAGAGCUAUCGAUCGCAGGAAGUGAUAUCGAUCAUACGACGAGCAGUCGGUGCGUUUGUUAUCGAUUGCUAUCGAUUAAAAACAAAAAAAGUUGUGACGCGACAAUAAGACGUAGAUCUAGUAUGCCUAUGCGAUGCAUUUUCGAUCUUAUCAUGCUCUCGAUUAUCGAUCGGCAGACACACACCCACAUUUUUCCUCUUUUCAUUAAUUUAGAUCUUUUUAACAUAACAGUGAUUAAACAAAGAGUUACUUGUUGAGUGCCUGAGAAAAAUGUUACAACUGUAAUAUACUUUAUAUAUAAUAGAUCCAGUAUCAAGAGAGAAAAGGAAACGUAUAUAUACAAGAAUAUAUGAUAAAUAUAUAGGAUCGAACGAUUAUCGAGAGCAUUAUCAAGAAUCGGUUAUAAUAAUCCGUUAUCUGGGCAGUAGAUGUAAUUGCAAUAUAAUCUGUAAAUAUUUAUAUAAGUCUUUUAAAAUAAUAUAUAUAUAAGAAAGAUGAAAAACCACUCGGUAUAUCAGUUUUUUUAUAUUUAUGUAUUUACUAAACACACGAUUUGUAAUAGUCGCAAACAUAAAUAGCUAUAUAAUAACAUAAGUUAGAUUUUAUUAUCUUAAAAGUUUGACAAAUAAAAAAUAAUCAAAAUA